AUGUUGGUCCAGAAUGUGAAUCUUUGUUAGAAUCAGAAUCUUCAGAAUUUGUAAUAGAACUAAAAACUACCUGCUUAUCUUUUUAUAUAACUGCAUUAGAAGGAAUGAUACAGCGAUUGCCUUAUAAUAAUCACAUUUUUCGAGAAUUAAAAUUUUUAGAUCCUACUAUAGCUUUGCAUCAAGAAAGUAGGCUCACCUUUCCGGACUUAAAAAAUACAGCAAGACAUUUUCAAAUUUCUGAUAUUACGGCUUUAGCUUAUGAAUGGAGAAUGCUACCUAUUGUAUUUGAUGACGCGAAUAAAACUCUUUUGGCUAAUUUAGAAAUUGAUGAAAUGUGGAAGACUAUUUUUCAAAAAAAGAAACUCAAUAAUAAAUCGUUUUUUCCAAAUUUAGAAAAUUUAGUAAAUGCAGUUCUGUCACUUCCACAUUCUAAUGCCGAAGCAGAGAGAAUAUUUUCUAUUGUUACAGAUGUGAAGAAUAAAAAGAGGAAUCGAAUAGAUGUAGCCAGUUUAGACGCAGUAUGCAAAUAACUUCCUGGAAAUGCCUCCAUUUCAUCAGAUUGCGGCA